CUGAUGGAAUUUGUAAAAUGGUGAUGGGCAUUUAAGAAAAUACUCGAUUGCAUUAUAAAUUAUAAUUAAAGCAAAAGAUGUGUGUUUGUGAUACAUAUUAGUGUAGAUAUGGUGUGCGCUUACAUUUUAGUCCUCGCGUCACCCUAAAACACUCGAAUAAUGUUAGAUAAAGAAUUAAAAAUACUAUGGUAAAGAGAAAGUGUCUCAAGCCAACAUCUAACGGGUCGAUAUGACUAUGUCUGCUUCAGAUUUAUCUUUAAGCUGUCGAUUUGCUGAUUAUUUUGUUAUAUGUGGCCUUGACUUUGAUUCAGGACUGGAAACCGACACAUUAAGUGGAGACAAUUUACACAUAUCGCCGUUGGAUCGCUCGUACAAAGGAAAAGUUUUAGCACACUAUCCAGACAACAUUAACAGUAACCCUUUUGAUGAACAUGCAGUGUGUAUGCUAUGCUUGCCAGCUGGCCUCCAGUUCAAAACUCAAAAACAUUCACUAGAGCCAAAGUUUCAUAGUUUUGUUGUAACAAAAGAAAAUGCAUCAAGAUACUAUGGGUUUAGUCUCAUCUUUUAUGAAGAAGUUAGGAACAGAAAUAUAUGCAGUGCCAUGCAUACUUUGCAGGCCAUGUAUAUCACAGAACUUUCCAGUGGACAAACACCACCUGGAAAUAGAAAAAGUAAUGGAAAAGAAAGUUCAAGAUCCCUGCCUCGAUCCUUUAAAUUAGCACCACACACUGGUGCAGCUCUUACAUAUUACGACAUUACCAAAGAUAAGCUUUAUGUUGCCAAAAGUAUAGCACUUAUUUGUCAAUACCCAUAUGUGAGGGUUGCACAGUUAUUCUUAGAAAAUUUAUUUAGAUCUCUUCCAAGGCAGCCUGGUCCGGGUCUGAGCCCAGAGUCAUAUGUGUAUAACCUUCUGUAUGAAGUUCCUGUGCCAUUGCCGGGUCAGGCACUACGCUUGUAUGUGCCGCCUGCCGAACCUCAUCUUAAUCCCAUACCUGUUGUGAUAAGGAUGCCAAAUCCUCCAGAUGAGUUACCGUUACUUGAUUAUCCAUUACGUUUGAUGUUCGAAACAUUAGGAGUGGACUGUGUGGUGCAACUAUUUACAUGUGUGCUCCUGGAACAGCAAGUUUUACUUCGAUCCAGUGAUUUUAACAAGCUAAUGCUAGUGGCAGAAUGUAUAGUGUCUUUAUUGUUGCCAUUCUCCUGGGCACACGUGUAUGUGCCUAUUUUGCCCGCUCCUCUGCACCACUUCUUAGAUGCACCAGUACCAUUUGUUAUGGGUCUCCAUAUGGACAGUGGAUCCCAUAACUAUGGCUCAAAUGGAUCGAGACACAUUGUCCUGGGCACAGAAGCAGGCCUGUGCUUAGUAGAUAUUGACAAGCCUGAUAUUCAACUACCCGAAGAGCUGCCAAUACUUCCGCAUAGGACGCCUUUUGUCGAAGAAGUUAAUCAUAUUUUAGACAAGCAUCAGAUACAAAGGCCAGAGACAGAGCCUGUGAAACUGGGUGGUCCAAUCAACGGAGCGUACAAACCAAUGAGCGAUAUGAGUACUAGCUGCACUCUACCUUCAGGCGGUCUGCGACGCAAGCACUCUCUGCACGACGUGCUAGAGUGGGAGGAGGGGCGGCCGCUGACGGGCUCCCCGCCCGCUUCGCCGACGCGCCGCGCGCCGAGACGCAUGGACGCGCUACAGCGGAUCGUCGACAUCGUCAAACGUGUGAACAUAGACGAUGUCGACGCUGACACAGUCAUGCCGACGGCGAAGAAGAAAAUCCUGAACGACGAAGAACAGUACAACGAGGACGUGCGGUUCAACAUCGCCGUCAGAGAAACAUUCCUCAACAGAUUCGUCCACAUGUUCCUGAUGUACGAAAACUUCGUUAUCAUGCCGGAUCAGGAUCGAGAUUCGUGGUUGUCAGCUCGGGAGUCUAUGGUCAAUUUCGACAAAGCGUCAUUCCUGUCCGACCAGCCGCAGAGGCACCGGCCAUUCCUCUCCCGGUUUCUAGAAACGCAAAUGUUCGCUACACUCAUAGACAAUAAGAUAAUGGCGAACUGGGGAGAGUACGAUGCCAACUUACAAGUGUUCGAGCACCGCAUCAAGACAGUGCGCGGGCGUUUGGGCGAGGGGGGGUUAGCGGCACGCGGGUACAGCGUGUGGGCGGGCGCGGCUGGCGGGGGGGCGUGGCCCUGCGAGGUAGAAGUGGGCGCGCCGGGGGAGCGCCUACCCCACCGCGCCGCCUACUAUCGCGCCUUCCCCGCGCGUCUCGACGCCGCUGCCCUCGCGCCGCCCCCGCACCCCGACCGCAGAACUAAUAGCUUGAAGCGCAUAAAGAAUGCGAAGUGGCAGGUGAAAGAUUGUCCACCGGAGUUGCUCCUGGGGGAUAUAGGUAGGCGACUGUCCACAGAGGUUACCCCCGCUGCCAUUGCCCAAAACAAUAGGACGUUCGUCGAAAAACUUUUAAAGGAGUGCAAAAGCAAAACGAAACGAAUGCUACUCGAGAAGAUGGGGACAGAAGAAGAUCUGAGUUUAGGGUGCGAGGUAUCCAUAACGGGAGUCGAGGAGAACACCAUGAUUGCUUCACUAUGUGACCUGCUAGAGAGGCUCUGGUCUCAUGGUCUACAGCACAAGAUGGGGAAGUCCGCGCUUUGGAUGCACCUCACCAACUACCAGGAGUUAGAGCAAUGCAGCAACUCCACCAAACCCAUCGACCCAAACUAUUUGACGCCCGCCUUAGCCUGGUGUGUGUUACGAAAACGCUUGGAUUAUCUGUCAUCGGUCGGCCCGGAGGUGGAGGCGAAGCAGAGCUCCAGUGCGAACAGAUCCCGGGACAGUUCGCGGGGCGGGUCCAGGGACAGCUCGCGGGACAGACUAAGCAAUUCCGGGACUCUAGAGAGGAAGUCCCAGCCGCCGAACCCCCUGCGCCCCCUACCGGAGAAUCUCACCUUUGAUAUGAGGAAUGUACAAGCCAUGACAGAUAUCAAAACAGAAAUAGGCUACGCGCGCGCGUGGGUGCGACUGUCGUUGGAGAAGAAAUUGCUGUCCAAACACCUGCGAGAAUUGCUGUCGGAUACAACUCUACUCAGAUCUCAGUACAAGAGGACUGCGUUUUUGCGCUGCGAAGAGGAGCGAGAGCAGUUCCUGUACCACUUGCUAACUCUGAACGCGGUGGACUACCACUGUUUUACCAACACAUAUCCCACCACUAAAUUGCCAUAUCGAGUUCUGAUCGUGCCAUCUCGGAAGGCCAGCCAAACUACCGCCAACUGCUGGCUGUCCAUCUCCGGAGCUAACGGGGAGUCUACACCAAAGAUACCGAUUCCCAGAAACACUAACGAAUUUGUCUUUCAUCACAAAAAUUUAGGUGUACUGUCGACACUACGUAUUGGUCAUGACAACUCCGGGCUGUCGCCGCGCUGGUUGCUGGAUCAAGUGUUCGUGCGAAAUGAAGUCACGGGACACACUUAUACGUUCCUGUGCAACCGCUGGCUGGGCACCGGCGUAGACGACGGAUCGACGGAGCGCGUGAUGGUGGCGGGCGAGCGCGCGCGGCCCCCCGCGCACCCCGCACACCCCGCACAGUCGCCCACCACUCAUCUCUCCACCUCCACCAUACAGCACAUGAUUGGUGACUGCGUCAACGCCAUAGUAAAAUGGCACUACCAGUCGAAGCGAGAGAAAGAUGCAAACUCUCUCAGUGUCCUCUUGUGUGGCGAGAAUGGCUUAGUCAAGUGUCUGGAGCAAGCGUUCUUGUGCGGGUUCAAAUCUGCCCGUCUGUUCGGCAAGAAUCUCUUCAUUUGGGACUAUUUCGCGAGAGUAAAGGACGAGUUCAAAAUGAGCCUUUGCGACGAAACAAACGUACAGAGUAAAGGGUGCGGCGUCGCGUACAACUGCAGGCAGGACCAGGAGCACAGAGCUAUAUGGCGGUGCUACUGCCAUCUACUGGACGAAGUCAACUCCGUCGGUCGAGCGCUCGGCAAAGACGGCAAAUUCCAGCUGUUCGUUUGCCUCAGUUUACGAGAGCAUUGGCUGCACAGAAUGCUGGUACCGAUGUCGAUGACGCGCGUCACGGCGGAGAUGUACGAGGAGCAGAGCUUCAUGCGCAAGCGCGGCCUGCUCACCUUCCUACGGCAGAUACUCGAGCCGCUCGACGAAUUCGACAUCGUUCUAGAAAACUCUCUCACGCAAGGAAUUUAAUAAAAAAAAAAACUUUAAAACAAAAAUACUCGUAGACUAAGAUUUUUUGUCUCUUUUUUGAAAUGUUAUUUAAUUGUUAUUAUUCAGGGUGUUAUUUCUCUGGCACGUCGUUAUUUAUUCCAUGACAGUGGAAACAUCGAUUCGUUUUGAAGUGGAGUUUUAACCGGGUUUGAAACCUAGAAGGUUAUUUAUAACUUGGCAUAGUUUAGUAACGCUCGAUGUCUGCACACUUGCCAGUUCUAACCAAAGAUUGAUUACCUACUUUUAAAGUGUUACACAUAAUUUUUUUAAAUAUUUUUUGUUAGCGUAGAUUAGUUUUCUACAUGAUUUUUCUAUUC